UUAUUUUAUAGAAAUUUAUUCAUAAUAAUUUGAAAUGGACAAAUAUCAAAAAAUUGAAAAAUUGGGAGAAGGAACGUAUGGUAUCGUUUAUAAAGCACAGAAUCGAGAUUCAAACGAAGUAGUUGCGUUGAAACGGAUAAGGUUAGAUAACGAAGAGGAAGGGGUACCCUGUACUGCAAUUCGUGAGAUAUCAUUGUUGAAAGAAUUAAAACAUCCAAAUAUAGUGAGACUUUAUGAUGUCUUACAUACGGAAAAGAAACUGACAUUAGUUUUUGAAUAUUUGGAUUCGGACUUAAAGAAAUUCUUAGAUACAUAUGGAGGCGAUCUGGAUAAAGACACAAUUAAGCAAUUAAUGUAUCAACUCCUGAAAGGGAUUGCGUUUUGUCAUGAACAUAGAGUUUUACAUAGGGACCUGAAACCACAGAAUUUACUUAUUAAUAAGAGAGGAGAAUUGAAAUUGGCGGAUUUUGGUCUUGCGCGUGCAUUUGGAAUUCCUGUUAGAAGUUAUUCACAUGAGGUUGUAACGUUAUGGUAUCGUGCACCUGAUGUAUUAAUGGGAUCAAGACAAUAUUCAACAUCUAUUGAUGUUUGGUCUGCUGGGUGUAUAUUUGCAGAAAUGGCUUCUGGUAGGCCCCUGUUUCCAGGAAGCUCAAUUAAAGAUCAGUUACUGCGAAUAUUUACAGUUUUAGGAACCCCGACAGAGGAAACGUGGCCUAGAGUAUCACAGUUGCCAGAAUACAAAAGUGAUUUUGCUAUUUAUAAUCGAAUUCCACUAGAAUCACUUCUUCCAAAACUUGAUUCAUCAGGAAUUGAUUUAUUAAGUCAGCAAUUAAUAGAAUAUCAACCAGAAAAGCGUCUUAGUGCAGAAGAUGCACUUCAACAUCCAUAUUUCGAGGAAAUUCGUAAAAAGGAACAAUCAACACAAGCAGCAGCAUCAUCCGUGUAAUUUUUCAUAUUGUUAUUUUUAUUAUCAAUUCUUCCAUUAAAAAAUUCAAUAUCCUUCCCCUCAUAUAAUCCGCAUUCCUAAGUUUUAUCCAGAUAAGAUUUGUGUUAAUUCAAUAAUAUAUAUACACAAUUUAGCAAACUAUAUCAUUAUUUUUUAUAUAUACUGUAUUAGUUACAAAUACCAAAAAAAAAUUGGUAUAAUUUAAUAAUGUUUCUUAAAUAACAAGAUAUAUUCAAUAAAAGAAAUAAUUUUUUUUUUAAUAG